GGCCUGGGGAGAGGGAGCCGGAGCUCGCCCUAUUGUGGCCCCGGCCCGGCCGCAGCCAGCGCGCACCAGCUGCUGUAGCUGCUUUGAGGAAGGGCGGAGAUCAACAGGCCAGAGAAAAGUUUGAGGGGCCGGCUCCCAGUCCCAGCCCGAGCCGCUCUUGCGUGCUCCUGUCAGCGCCUCUGCCUUCCGGGCUGGGGGAGAGGUUUCCGCCCCACCCACAAAGCCUCUUCCCCGGGACUGCUGUGGCAGAGGGCUAGCUAGAGCAUCGCUUCGCCCGAGGGAGGUCGGCAGGGCUUGGGGCGGGGCGCUCGGUGUCUGCCCGGGAAGGUGAGGGGAUGGAGUUUGCUGUCUCGCAGUGGCGAUCGCCCGUCUCAGUGCUGCGCAAAGUUAAAUUUUCUUUCAGCCCGAAGACCCCACUCGCUUGUGGCAGACGCCAGACGCUACCGGUGCUGUGUGUUAUAGAGACCGACACUGACUUGCCAGUCUCCUGAGCGCUCCCGCAGUGCUGGCAGAGCCCUUACUCACGUGUGUCGCGCCAUUAUCUCCGGGGGGGCUGCUCUGACCUCAUUUGUUACUCUGGUGAAAUAUACUGGAUUGAGCGCAUGGAAAACAGAAGUCCUCCUUUUAUCCUCUGAAGAGGUGCAGCAGCACUGCAAACUAUAAAUGUAAUAAAUGAAAAAGAAUAAACCAUGGGAAACCCAGAAAACAUAGGAGAUGCAUAUGUUGCUGUGAUUCGUCCAAAGAAUACUGCUAGUCUGAAUUCUCGGGAAUAUCGAGCUAAAUCAUACGAAAUUUUGUUGCUUGAAGUUCCCAUUGAAGGACAAAAGAAAAAGAGGAAGAAAGUUUUGUUGGAAACUAAACUUCAGGGAAGCUGUGAGAUAACCCAGAGCAUCUUGGAUUAUGUAGUAGAAACCACCAAACCAAUUUCACCAGCUAAUCAAGGUAUCAAAGGAAAGCGAGUAGUGUUAAUGAAGAAAUUUCCUCUUGAUGGAGAGAAGGUGGGAAGGGAAGCCUCUCUUUUCAUUGUUCCAACAGUUGUCAAAGAUAAUACAAAAUACACAUACAGUCCUGGAUGCCCAGUUUUCUACUGUUUACAGGACAUCAUGAGGGUCUGCAGCGAAUCCAGCACUCAUUUUGCUACACUUACUGCUAGAAUGUUAAUAGCCUUGGAUAAGUGGUUAGAUGAACGACAUACACAUUCUCAUUCAAUCCCAGCUCUAUUCAGACCAUCUCCUCUUGAGAGGAUUAAAACGAACGUCACAAAUCCUGCAUAUGCUAUUGAACCUGGGCAGACAGAGAGCUCUCUACACAUGGGAUAUACUGCAUUAGAAAUAAAGAGUAAAAUGUUGGCACUGGAGAAAGCAGAUACAUGUAUCUACAACCCUUUGUUCGGGUCAGAUCUUCAAUAUACAAACAGGGUUGAUAAAGUGGUUAUAAAUCCGUAUUUUGGUCUUGGAGCUCCAGACUAUUCAAAGAUUCAGAUUCCAAAACGAGAGAAGUGGCAACGCAGCAUGAGCAGUGUCAUGGAAGACAAAGAGCGCCAAUGGGUAGAUGAUUUUCCUCUUCAUCGCAGUGCUUGUGAAGGAGACUCAGAAUUACUGAGUCGCCUUCUUGAUGACAACUUUUCAGUCAACCAGCUAGAUAGUGACCAUUGGGCACCUAUUCAUUAUGCAUGCUGGUAUGGAAAAGUUGAAGCUACUCGAAUGUUGCUAGAGAAAGGGAAAUGUAAUCCAAACCUAUUGAAUGGACAACUUAGUUCUCCUCUUCAUUUUGCUGCUGGAGGAGGACAUGCUGAAAUUGUGCAAAUUCUUCUAAACCAUCCUGAAAUUGACAGACACAUUACUGAUCAACAAAGAAGAUCCCCUUUGAAUGUCUGUGAAGAGAGCAAACAAAAUGAUUGGGAAGAAACAGCAAAACUCCUAAAGGAAGCCAUAAAUAAACCUUAUGAAAAGGUACGGAUUUAUCGAAUGGAUGGGUCAUAUCGUUCUGUUGAAUUGAAACAUGGAAACAAUACUACUGUACAGCAGAUAAUGGAAGGAAUGCGUCUAUCUCAAGAAACACAGCAGUACUUUACUAUUUGGAUUUGUUCUGAGAACCUUAGCCUCCAGCUGAAGCCAUAUCAUAAACCAUUGCAGCAUGUUCGGGACUGGCCCGAAAUACUCACUGAAUUGACAAACUUGGAUCCUCACAGGGAAACUCCACAGCUUUUCCUGAGGAGGGAUGUGAGACUUCCUUUGGAGAUUGAAAAAAAGAUUGAGGAUCCACUGGCUAUUCUCAUACUGUUUGACGAAGCCAGAUAUAAUUUGCUAAAAGGCUUCUAUACUUCACCUGAUGCUAAACUGAUCACACUGGCAAGUCUUUUGCUGCAAAUAGUCUAUGGAAAUUAUGAGAGUAAGAAACACAAACAAGGUUUCCUAAAUGAAGAAAAUCUUAAAUCUAUAGUACCCAUCACCAAACUAAAAAGUAAGGCUCCUCACUGGACAAAUAGAAUACUUCAUGAAUACAAGAGUCUCAGCACUAGUGAAGGCGUGAGUAAAGAGAUGCAUCACCUGCAACGCAUGUUCUUGCAGAACUGCUGGGAAAUUCCUACCUAUGGAGCUGCUUUUUUCACAGGACAAGUAUUCACCAAGGCGAGUUCAAGCAGUCAUAAAGUUAUCAGAGUGUACGUUGGAGUAAAUGUAAAAGGACUGCAUCUCUUAAAUAUGGAAACCAAGGGUUUGCUCAUCAGUCUAAAGUAUGGUUGCUUUAUGUGGCAAUUAGGAGAUGCAGAUACCUGUUUUCAAAUCCAUAGUCUGGAAAACAAGAUGAGCUUUAUAGUGCAUACCAAACAGGCAGGUCUUGUCAUAAAACUGCUGAUGAAAUUAAAUAGCCAGCUAAUGUCUUCUGAACGAAAUGAAUGACAGCAAUGGACAGUGGUUAUGUAACUGUGUUUUAAUUAAACAGAAAUCACAAUUUUCAUGGAAAAAGAAGCCUUUCAUGUGCAUGAAAGUUUCUCAGAAUGAAAUCUGUUGUGAAAUGUGUAUAGACUUUGUACAGAAGCUGCAUGGGUUAUUUUUUUAAAAGUAUGUAACAUAUCUAUUUUUAUAAAGAGAUUUUCUUCCAUAUAAGCUAUUCUAAUUUUUUAACUAAGACACAAGAACAAAGAUAUUGAGAUGAAAAGGGGAUAUACUAAAUAAAUAAAGUUUGUGCUUGUUCUUAACUGAUUAUGGAGGAUUCAGAGUGCCUUAAACCAAUUCCUAAUGUAUCUGUUUAUUAAUCUAUAGGUUGAACCUCUCUAGUCCGGCAUCCUUGGGACUUGACUAGUGCCAAACCAUAGGAGGUCAAUAUUGUCUAGCUGCAUUAACAAAAUUUUCAUUGUUUACUGCUUAUUGGGCUCUUAGAAGACAUUUAGGGGUAAAUUAGAGCUAAAUAACAGCACAGAACACUGAGAGCCAGGACUAGUGGCUAUAAACAAACAUAAUGGGAUCGUGGGAAAUUUGGCCAUACCCAGAAUAAGUGGUCUCAGGGGUAUCCGUGUUAUCUGUAACUUUAAAAACAAGUAGUCCUCCAGCACCUUAGAGACUAACAAAAAUGUAAAUAGUAUCAUUUCAUGAGCAAAAUCACUUCUUCAGAUGAGCAUGAAAAGUAGAUAUCUGGCUAACUAAAAUUAUGAUGGACCAGAGAGUGUCGGACUAGAGAGGUUCAAUCUGUCAAAUUAACGUUUAAUAGGCAACCUGCUCUCUAAAGGGAUGCAAAAGUGUUCCCAGAUAUAUUUAGUAAAGUUCUGCUCCACCUCAAUUAGACUACCAAAGGGUCCCAUGUGAUCCUGUCAGUUUCAGUGUUCUUCAUUUGAUGGUCAGUACAUUUUAUAGUGAAGACUUUAUUUCGGCUUCAAAUAAAAUAUUUAUCUUUUGUACAAGUAUUAUUUUAGAAUAUCUCUACAUUUUUAUCUAUAAAAAUGCUUGUACUAGAGAUGUAAUAGUGUAUCUGGUUAAACAGUUAACCAAUAAGCAGAUGAUUAUUGGUUAAUGUUACCAGCUACACACAAACACCACCAUCCCGGGCUCUGCAUUUGAAGUAUUUUGGGAGCCUGCAUACAGGCAGAUUGCUUCAGUCCUGGCUUGUGCAGAGUCCCAGCUACUCCCACUGUGGCUCUGCAUUUAAAGUAUUUUGGGAGCUGACCUACCUGCCUACCAGCUCCAAAAUAUUUUAAAUGUAGAUCUGCAGUGGGGGUAGCUUCCAGGACUUGGAAUGAGCCAGGACUGAGCCAGCCUGAUCACAUGGUGGCUCCCAAACUCCUUUAAAUGCGGAACCACUUAUCGGGUAAUAGUGUAACCAACAAAAAUUUUGUCAGCUACAUAGUUACUGGAUUACACACUUCCUAACAUCCCUAGUUUGUACAAUACUUCCCUUAUAUUGAAGCUUCAGAGGAGUAGCCGAGUUAGUCUGUAACUGGAAAAACUUAAAAAACAAUUAAUGGUCUUAGCACCUUAAAGUUACCUUCAAUAUAAGACAUUUAUAUUACGUUUAAUUACUGGAUUGCAACCAAGGUGGUUGAAUUGAUUUAAAUCAAGGCAAUUUAAAUCACCAAAAACAAUUGUUGAUUUAAAUCAAGUUAAGAAAGAGAGAGAGAGAGAAAAGAAAUAAGACUAUGCUUAGAAUGCCCUUAAUUUUGGAGUAAGCCCAAAUUUUGGACCACUUUUGAAGCUGUCAAAAUCUGUCCUAAACAACCAAAUGUACAUUUGCUUCUCAGAUACAUAUUUUAAUCUGCCUGUUGCAUAUUAAUUAGGUUUAUUUUAAUGAACAGUAUGGUAUGAACAUUUUAAAUCAUUACAUGGAGUAUGAAAUAUUUUAUACCAUGAACUACUACCCUGUUGUACUAACCCCUGAACUUUCAAGGCAGUGCUGUAGGGUUUUAACUGCAGCUCCCUCUGAAUUCAAUGGGAACUAUAUGGCUAAAAACAUUCAGUAUUUUAUAGUAAAGUUAAAUAUUCAUAUUUGCCUCUAAAAUGAGUUAUACAAUUAAAUGCCAGGCACUGUAGCACUUUGCAGUACUUUCAUCUUUGCAUUCAAAAUCUAAAAUCCAAAACCAGUACAUUUUAACAAAUUAUAAAGUACUAGGUGGGAAGUUUUUAAAAAUGCAUGCAGGAAAAAAAUCUGCUAUAGAAUUUUCUUUAAAGCCAUAUCUGUGCUACGUGAGCUUCGUUGGCAUGCAGAUACUUGUAAAUCUUCCUAGAUUGUUUGUAUUGUCUUUUAUCAGAAGUGAAUAGUACAGCAGAUGCUAAAUUAAUUCAUAACUAUCACUUGAUUUUAAUAUCAGAAUAUACUUUUUUAUAACAGGCACUUGUUAGAAACUAGAAGUAUGUGAUGUUACAAAUUGUAUAUAAAAAUUAAUGUCAAGUUGCAUAUUUAACAAUAAAAUGAAUAAACUUCACUGAUAU